AUGGCACCCUUCGCCAUCUCGCUCAAGCACGCGGGCAAGACCUACGACCUCAAGGACUUUGACCCGUCCAACCCCGCCACCGUCUUCAAAGACCAGGUCUACCAGCUCACGGGCGUGCCCACCGACAAGCUCAAGAUCCCCGUCAAGGGCGGCAUGCUCAAGGACGAUGCGGACCUCAACAAGCUGGGCUUCAAGCCGGGUCAGACGGUCAUGGUCAUCGGUCCCGCAGGACCUAUACCUCAGGCGCCGAGCAAGCCCAUCGUCUUCAUGGAAGACAUGACAGACGUCGAGUUGGCUCAGUCGGCCAAGUACCCGGUCGGCCUCCAGAACCUCGGCAACACCUGCUACAUGAACUCGACGGUCCAGGUCCUGCGAGCGAUUCCUGAACUGCAGACGGCUCUCAACGGAUCCCAGCUCGGCGCCGGCCAGCCCGACGCGCAGCUCACCCGCUCCCUUCGCGACCUCUACCAGUCGAUGGGCCGAACGACCGAAGGUUUCCCUCCUCUCGCAUUCCUGAGCAUGCUCCGCCAGUUUGCCCCUCAAUUCGCCGAGCAGUCUCGCCAACACGGUGGCUACGCGCAGCAGGACGCGCAGGAGGCAUGGGGCGCGAUCGUCCAGGCGGCACGGAUGAGCUCGGUUACGACGGAGGGGGGCAACUUCGUCGAGCGGAUGAUGACGGGCGAGUUUGAGAAGACGCUGAAGAGCGCCGAGGCACCGGAGGAGCAGCCGACUGUCUCGAAGGAGCAGUUCCUCGAGGUCAAGUGCAACAUCUCGGGCACGACCAACUACAUGAUGCAGGGCAUCUCGGAGUCGAUGGAGCAGGACAUCGAGAAGAACAGCCCGUCCCUCGGUCGCCAAGCCGUCUACCACGAGACGACCCGCAUCUCUCGCCUUCCGUCGUACCUCACUGUGCACAUGGUCCGCUUCUACUGGCGCCGCGACAUCAACAAGAAGACCAAGAUCAUGCGCAAGGUCAAGUUCCCGUUCGACCUCGACGUCACCGAGCUCUUGACGGACGACCUCAAGCGCAAGAUCCUGCCUGUCAACGAGAAGCUCAAGGAUUUCGACAAGGACCGACGGGAGCGCACGAAGGCCCGCCGGAAGAUGCGGAAGCAGGCGGAGCAGCACGACGCGGCGGCCAAGUCGGGCGAGACGGCGGCGGCAGCACCGGCGCAGGCGAACCCUAGCGACGACCCGCCCGAGCAGAUGCUCGUCGACGCGCCGGCGAGCACGGCGGGCGAGUUGCCGGACGAGGAGACGAAGCGGCAGGAGGAGCUCGCGACGCUCAUGUCGCUCGUUCACCCGGAUCUCGAGGCGGACAAGGGCGCAAACGUCAGCGCGCUGUACGAGUUGGCGGGCAUCGUGACGCACAAGGGCGCGAGUGCGGACGGCGGGCACUAUGUCGGCUGGUGCGCGGCGAACCCGAACGAGGGCAAGGAGGGCGCGGAGGCGUACGAUGUCGACCCGGACAAGCAGGAGUGGUACAAGUUCGACGACGACAAAGUCUCGCUCGUCUCGAAGGACAAGAUCCUCGCGCUCGAGGGCGGAGGCGAGGACCACUCGGCGUACAUUCUGCUGUACAGGAGCAAGUCCCUCGCAUGA